GCACUCUCCCAAGAACAAAAAAAAAAAAACCUAUCUAGAAAUACACACCAAACUGAGCAUGUGCAGAGUGUCUCCACACGAUAUGUCUUAUCAGGAGAUAAGAGGGGGACACUAGAAGAAGGUGAGUAUCGGAGAAGACAGGACCAAACAGCGUUUUUUACACAAUGCAGAGGAUUAAUCCCUUAGGUUCCACUAUGAGUAUAAGAAGCAUGCUUUACUGCCAGGGGCGGACUGACCAUUUGGAAACUUGGGCACUGCCCGACGGCCCGGGGGGCAGUAGGGGGCCCC